AUGGCUGCCGAGCGUAUCUCUUCCAUCGUCCGCCACCUUACCCCUGGCACUCCCCUGAGCAACAUCCAGGCUAAGAAUGCUGAUGACAUCGUCAUUACUCUUGCCAUCCGUACCCCGCUCACCAAGGCGAAGAAGGGCGGGUUCAAGGAUACGAGCCUCGAGUACCUCGUGUACGCCCUCCUAAGCCAGGUCCGGGAGCGAUCUGGCCUCGACCCCGCGCUUGUCGAGGACAUUUGUUUGGGGAAUGUCUCAGAUGGCAAGGCUGCGUAUAAGCUCCGCGCGGCCGCAUUAGCCGCAGGCUUCCCCAAUACGGCCGGCGCCUCGUCGCUGAACCGCUUCUGCUCGAGUGGGCUGAAGGCCAUCGCGGACAUCGCCCACUCCAUCAGCUCCGGGUCCAUCGAGGUGGGCAUCGCGGCCGGCGCCGAGCUCAUGUCCGUCGGCGGGGAUCGCCUGGAGGCGCCCUUCGACGAGGCCGUCCUGGCCAAGAGCCAGGAGGCGGCCGACUGCAUGGAGCCCAUGGGCUGGACCAGCGAGAACGUGAGCCGCGACUUUGGCAUCACCCGCGAGGAGAUGGACAAGUUCGCCGCCGAGAGUUUCCGCAGGGCGGAGCAUGCCCAGAAGGAAGGCUGGUCUGUGGACGAGAUCGCCCCAAUCAAGACCAAGGUCAAGGGCGCCGAUGGAGAGUGGACUGAGGUGACGGUCACCAAGGAUGACGGCAUCAGGCCAGGUACCACCGCCGAGGGCCUGGGCAAGAUCCGGGCUGCGUUCCCCCAAUGGGGACCUACCACCACCGGUGGCAAUGCGAGCCAGGUCACUGACGGAGCUGCUGCUGUGCUCCUCAUGAAGCGAUCUACUGCCAUCAAGCUUGGCCAGCCAAUCAUGGCAAAGUACGUCGGAUCGACGGUGGCUGGUCUCGCGCCCCGUAUUAUGGGAAUUGGCCCUAGCAUCGCGAUCCCCAAGCUCCUGUCUCAGCGCGGCAUCACUCUGGAGGAUAUUGACGUGCUCGAGGUCAACGAGGCAUUCGCGUCAAUGGCCGUGUACUGCCGCAACAAGCUCGCCCUUGAUUGGGACAAGAUGAACCCGCGAGGCGGGGCCAUCGCGCUGGGCCACCCCCUGGGUGCUACGGGAGCGAGACAGGUUGUCACGGGUCUGAGCGAGCUGCGCCGGACGAAGAAGAAGAUGCUCCUGACCAGUAUGUGUAUUGGUACGGGACAGGGGAUGGCAGGCUUGUUCGUGAAUGAGCAGCUGUAA